AUGUCGUUAAAUGCAUCCGAAACCCAAGACACUGCGGCUUCCGUAGCCAAUAGCACUCCUGCAAGUACCCCUCAGGAAGCUGUUGCUGAUGGACGUUUGAACCACUCUGUUCCGCCUGACCUUAUAAUGACGCUGGCUCGACUGCGGAACGAACUGCAACAGUUGCAGUACGAGCUGUGGCUUCGGACCUCGGGUAGUCUGAAUGUCGCUCCUGAGAAGAAUACUUCGUGCGGGUGGCCCAGCUGUCAGCGCAAACUAUGA